AAGAGGGCAGGCAGAAUGGACUGGCAACAACAGCGGGCGAGGAACACAGACAGGGAUCAGAACGGGCAGUUUCCUUUAAGAGAGCGAGUCAGAGACAGGCAGAGUGGAGUAAAGGGAGGGCACUGGAGCAGAGUAGCCAGGCAUCUGGAUCCUUCACAUCUGGGAAUACUCAGGAGGAAUGACUCUUCAACCUACAAGCCUUCCCGGCUUCAGCACCACAUCUUCUUAUGGAGGCCACAACAGCACCAAUGGCACCAACUGUCCUGACACGGAUGCCUGGGAGUGGUUCUACACCAGCCAGCCUGUGUAUAUCAUGGUCAUCACUGUGCUGGGAAUUGUGUUUAAUGUGUUUGUCCUGAUGGUUUUCAUACUCCACAAGAAGGCCUGCACUGUGGCUGAGAUCUAUUUGAGCAACCUGGCUGGUGCGGACCUUGUCCUGUUGUCCUGUUUGCCUUUCUGGGCUGUCAACAUCUCCAACGGUUUCAACUGGCCUUUCGGUCAGUUCCUGUGCAAAGUUGUCAACCUGGGCAUCAAGAUGAACUCCUACUGCAGCAUCUACUUCUUAGUUCUGGUUAGCAUAGAUCGCUUUGUUGCACUGGUCCAUACAAUGUCCUAUGGUAGAAUGCGUAGGCCAAAAUACGCCAAACUGAGCUGCCUGCUGGUGUGGGGUUUCGGCUUGCUCAUGGGUGUCCCCACACUCAUCUUCAGGAAAGUGCAACAUUUCCCUGAGUACGGUGUACAUGCAUGCUUCCUGGAUUACCCAAGUCACACUCUAGAGCUGGUUUGUAAUGGGAUGUUGAUCAUUUUAAGCUUCAUCAUCCCCAUUUCUAUUAUCUCAUUCUGCACUGUCAAGAUUAUUCAAGCUUUGAAGGUCAAGUCAAUAGAGAAGUCCAAUGCCGAGAAAACGGAGCACAAGGCCACCAAUCUGGUGCUGGCGGUCCUCCUGGCGUUCCUCAUCUGCUGGGUGCCAUUCCACCUGGUCACCAUACUAGACGUGAUGCUCAUGGCUAAGGUUCUGGGAGGGUGUCACCUUGAGAACGCCCUAGACAUCUGCAACCAGAUCUUCACCUACUUAGCCUUCUUUAACAGCGUUCUCAACCCCAUCCUCUACGUCAUUGUGGGAAAGAACUUUAGGAAAAAAGUUCGGGAAGUCUUCCACAAGUGGAGCUAUAAGAAAACGACGUCCUCAGACUCUACGCGGUCAAACCUUUCCACGCUGAAGACUUCUGUAUAAAGUAUUGCUUUCAAAGUGCUCCCCUCAGUGAUGGACGUUGCAGAAAGAUGACUCAUCUGGACAGUCACUUCAUUGUCUUACGCCACUGCCAAUGAUUUAUAUGAUUCAUGAUUAUGUUUAAAGUUGAUUGUGCAGUAAUGGAACCAAAUCACCUUUCCAUUAGAAAACAUCUUUAAUGAAUCAGCUUUAAUUGUGUUUUAGGAAAUGGAAUUGUUUGUGGCCCAGCCAUAGAAGGCUUGAAUGUAUGUUCCCUGCCGCAGAAGGAUUGUUAAGGAUUGCCAACAGAUCUGUUAGUGUUAAAAUGACAAUAAGAUUAAAAAGCUUACUGCUUACAACUGUUUACUUCUAUUUAUAACAGCUCCAUCACAUGCAAUAAACUUUAGCUGUCCUUUUGCUAUAAACAUUGGCAAGCGUCAGUAUCUUGAAUGUACAAGUGGUGUUAUCAAAAUCAGCCUGGUUGCUGAAAAGAAAUGUAUGUUAUGUAUACAGUUUUUCAUAUUCUAUCUUCUAUUGCUGCAGAUUGUAAAUAGUACCAGUAUUCUCUGUUCAUAACUGUCAAAUAAAACAUAUAUAGUUUCA